CGCCGUCGCCCCCUCCCCGCAAACCCUAACCCUAGGCGCCCUGCGCCGCCUCCAUGGCCAGCAGCAACGUCUCCGCCGUCUACAUCUCCGUCAUCGAGGACGUCGUCGCCAACGUCCGCGAGGACUUCAUCACCUACGGCGUCGGCGACGCCGUCCUCAACGAGCUCCAGGCUCUAUGGGAAAUGAAGAUGCUCCACUGCGGCGCAAUCUCGGGGACCAUCGACCGCACCAGGGCCCCCGCCGCGCCCGCCCCCGCCGCCGGCGCCACCCCGCCCGUGCACGACCUCAACGUGCCCUACGAGGCCACCUCCGAGGAAUACGCCACCCCCACCGCCGACAUGCUCUUCCCACCGACACCCCUCCAGACCCCGAUUCAGACGCCUCUUCCGGGAACAGAGGCCGGUAUGUACAACAUACCCACCGGGCCCUCCGACUACGCCCCUUCGCCCAUCAGCGACAUGCGAAACGGCAUGUCCAUGAACGGGGCUGAUCCCAAGACCGGCCGCCCAAACCCUUUCAUGCAGUCACCUUCGCCCUGGAUGAACCAGAGACCGCUGGGGGUGGAUGUCAACGUUGCUUAUGAGGAGAGCCGGGAGGACCCUGACAGGAUGGUGCAACCACAGCCACUGACUCAGGAUUUUCUGAUGAUGUCUUCUGGAAAGCGCAAGAGGGAUGAAUAUCCUGGUCAGCUCCCUUCUGGUUCUUUCGUGCCACAACAGGAUGGAAGUGCUGAUCAGGUUCUCGAAUUUGUGGUGUCAAAGGAUAACGCAGCAAAGGUAUGGAAUUCAAUCAUGAACAGGCAAGAGUCAGCAACUAAUGUGUCUUUGAUCAAACGAACAACAAUGAGUCCAGUUCUUCCUCAACGGGACGGGAUGCAAGAUGAUUAUAAUGAUCAAUUCUUCUUCCCUGGAGUUCCAACAGAAGACUACAAUACCCCUGGGGAAUCUUCUGAGUAUCGAACUCCCACGCCUGCUGUUGUAACACCACAGCCAAGAAACGAUACAGGGGAUGAAGAUGAUGAUGAACCACCUCUUAAUGAAGAUGACGACGAUGAUGAUGAGACAGAUGACUUCACAGAAGAUAAUGAUGAACCUAACACACAACACCUUGUCCUUGCACAAUUUGACAAAGUGACGAGGACAAAGAAUCGCUGGAAGUGCACAUUGAAGGAUGGUAUCAUGCAUUUGAAUGGCAGAGAUGUUCUAUUCAACAAGGCCUCAGGGGAGUUUGAUUUUUGAAUUUUGCAGUAAAGAUGAUAUUUUAGGAAAUCCUGUAUCGACUCUCUGUCUUUUAACAUAAGAAUGGGGAGGUGACAAAGCUGGUGCAGUGGCGAGUUUGGCACUAUGAUCAUGUGUCGUGUUUUGCUGUUGAGGCUUGCUUGGCCCAGUUAGGUUGUUACCGUAACUGUCACUGUAAAAAUGAUACAGUUGGGACUUUUGUGGACAUUUUUCUUGAGAUGGUCACUUGAAGCUGCUGCGGAACUAUCAUAUCUGAUAUA